AUGCGCAUUCUCAUCACAGGGGCCGCCGGCUUCAUCGGCCAACUCGUAGCGAAGAAAUUGCUCGACGACGAGAAGGCAGCGCAUUCUCUCAUCCUCACCGACAUCAUCGAACCACCCAUCCCAUCAGAUGCGCGAUCCUCAAAACGAGCACAGGCCAUCAAGGCGGAUUUGUGCACAGAGUCAGAUGCUGUCGUUACUAAAGAUAUAGAAGCCGUCUAUGUCUUCCACGGCAUCAUGUCCUCAGGCGCAGAAGCCGAUUUCGAGCUCGGCAUGAAAGCAAACUUCGAUGCUACUCGCGCACUAUUCGAUUCUAUCCGGAAAACGUGCCCAGGAGCGAGAGUAAUAUAUGCUUCCAGCCAAGCAGUAUACAACAACUCUGUCACAUUACCCGUCACGGAAUCUCAGAUGCCGACACCGGAGACAAGCUACGGCGCGGAGAAGAUGAUGUGCGAGUACCUCAUCACUGAGUACACACGACGCGGCUUCAUCGACGGCAUCUCGCUUCGUUUCCCUACUGUCUCGGUACGCCCAGGGAAACCCACAGCCGCAGCGAGCUCAUUCAUCAGCGGUAUGAUCCGCGAACCGAUGAAUGGCAUCAGAUGUGUUAUCCCACUAGAGGACAAGCAAUGGCGACAUUGGCUAUGCUCUCCCCGGAUAUUAGUCCAAAACCUCGUCUACGCAGCUACGGAUUUCGACAUCAAUCGCCUCGCGAAGUUUGAUCGCUGCCUCAACUUCCCUGGUAUCGGCGUCUCGGUGCAGGAUAUGAUGGACUCUCUUGCGAGGGUGGGAGGUAGCGAUAAGCUUGAACUGCUUGAGAUGAAGGACGAACCUACGUGCAAGAAGAUUCUAUACUCAUGGCCUGCUGAGUUUGACAACACUAAGGCUUUGGGUCUUGGGUUCGUGAGAGAUACCGGUUUUGAUCAGAUUGUUCGGGAUUAUGUGGAGGCUUUUGCACCAAAACAAAAUGUGAAGGGGACCGGGCAGGCGAGCCAGAAGAUUCAGAGUGUGCAAGUCAAUACUGUAGAAGUCGCAGCAUAA